AUGGACUCGAUAUCCAAUAUCCUAGACACCUCGAAGCCUUCGUUGUACUUGUCAUUGUUUGCGAUCGCGUUCAAUCCUACAGUAUGGAACAUAGUCGCCCGACACGAGUACAGGAACAAGACAAUCACGCGAAUCUUCGGUGGCGACCCCUACAAGGGAUGUUACUUCCUCGCAUUCAUGAUAUUCACGUUCGGUAUCCUUCGGGAUUCAUUGUACCAUAAAGCAUUAGAGGAACAACCCAAGGUGGCCAUGCUUCCUGAACCGUACGCGACUUUGGUGCCGGCGGUUAUGUUCGUUAUGGGCCAAAUAUUUGUGGUGACUUCGACUUGGGCCUUGGGUGUUACUGGGACUUUCUUGGGUGAUUACUUUGGUAUUUUAAUGGACCAUCGCGUUGAAGGGUUCCCUUUCAACGUCCUAAGGGACCCAAUGUACGUCGGGAGCACUCUUAGCUUCGCUGCCGGUGCUCUUUGGUAUGAACGACCUGCUGGUCUACUCAUUACUCUGUAUGUGUACAUCGGGUAUAUCAUCGCUCUUCGCUUUGAAGGGCCCUUCACGGACAUGAUCUACGCUAAGAGGGAAGAAAAGAGGGCGGAGAAGAAGGACUGA